AGAGUAAUAACUAUAGUGGAUUGACAUGAAUUUUGGGCAGAGUAUUGCAUUGUUCAAAGUUGGAUACAAGUGAUGGAUAAGAGUUGGAUGCAAAAGUCAAGGGUGAGCUUGGAAUAUGUUAAGGGCAUGAAGGAAUUCAUUGAGUUUGCAUUCAACAAUGCUGCUAGUGAGGGGAAGAUCUUAUGUCCAUGUGUAAAGUGCACCAACCUCUUUUGGCGUGCUCAUAAAGAAGUGGUAGAUCAUCUUGUGUGUGAGGGAAUUAUGCCGAAUUACACCCGUUGGGUGUUCCAUGGGGAGGCGUCUUCUUCAUCGACUUCCGGCCCUGCAACUAGUACACAUGAUGAUAUUCCUCCACGUGAUGACAUGCAUGGAUUGUUGCAUGAUGUGUUUGGAAUAUCAGGUGUGGAUGACAUGCCAACUGAGUUGCCAUCACAGGAGCCAAUACAAGAGGAACCGAAUCCUGUGGCACUGCUAUUGCUUCUUGCCCUAAGUGAUGGUGUUGAAGGCAUUGAAGGAGACAGCGAUGUGCACUGCAAAUACGGUAGAGAUUUGACUUUGCUCCCGAGGCCUCACAGUGUCUCCAUCUUGGAAUUUGGGGCUGAAGGAGAUGGGAAGACACUGAAUACACUUGCAUUCCAGAAUGCCAUCUUCUAUCUUCGGUCGUUUGCCGACAAGGGCGGGGCUCAGCUCUAUGUUCUAGCAGGAAGGUGGCUCACUGGAAGCUUUAAUCUCAUCAGUCAUCUUACCCUCUUCUUGGAAAAAGAUGCUGUCAUCCUUGGAACUCAGGACUUAUCUCUGUGGCCAGUCGUUGAACCCUUACCUUCAUAUGGUAGAGGGAUUGAACUUCCAGGUGAACGAUAUCGAAGCUUGAUAAAUGGACACCAGUUAAAGGAUGUGGUUAUAACAGGUAAUAAUGGAACCAUCGAUGGUCAGGGUGCCGUUUGGUGGGAGUGGUCCAGUUCUCAUUCAUUGAACUAUAGUCGCCCUCACCUUGUGGAGCUUGAGAACUCCACCGAUAUUGUCAUUUCAAAUCUGACUCUCUUGAAUUCUCCUGCAUGGAACAUUCAUCCAGUCUAUUGCAGCAAUGUACAGGUUCAGAAUGUAAUGAUCCAUGCUCCUUCGGAUUCUCCUUAUACGAACAGUGUAGUCCCAGGAUUGAUGGUAACUCAUGGAAAUGAUGCUCCGAUCCGAGAGAAAAUAGUCACGUGGAAGGGGACCUUACUGAAUGUGGAAGGCUAUGUGGCACUCUACCAUAUCUGCUCAACUAGAGCUAAUUACACUGCUAACAGCACCUUCGAAACUAACCUCAACCAGCUUUUUUCCGUUAUAACUUCGAACGCUCGCUUCAUCAAGUACUUCUACGACACCAAGGGCGAUGAUGGGGAAAUUGUCAAUGCAUGGCAUCUUCCUCUGCAGAGGAGAUAUCACUAG